GGAGUUAACAUGUUGAGUCUCUCUCCAGUUUAGCCAGCUGCUACCACACAGUGAUCUGUGCGGGCUGCUUCUCUUUCAGGAACUGCUUUGGCAAUUCAGGGUUUUUUUGUUUUCUUUUCAUUUGUUCAUCUCAACUUAAUUACUUAUAACAAAAAUGGCACCAAAGAAGGACGUUAAGAAACCAGAACCCAAGGCUGCUUCCCCAGCUCCAGCUGCAGCACCAGCUCCAGCACCUGAGAAGCCAAAAGCACCAGCCGUCGAUCUGUCCAGUGUUAAGAUCGAGUUUUCUCAGGAACAGAGAGAUGACUUCAAAGAGGCUUUCCUCCUGUUUGACAGGGUUGGUGACAGCAAGAUCUCCUAUGACCAGGUUGCAGAUGUUAUGCGUGCAUUGGGCCAGAACCCAACCAAUGCUGAAGUGAACAAAGUUCUUGGAAACCCCAGCAAUGAAGAAAUGAAGAACAAGAGGAUUGACUUCGAACAGUUCUUGCCCAUGCUUCAGACUAUUGAUAACAGCAAAGACAAGGGUGGUUUUGAAGACUUUGUUGAGGGUCUGCGUGUCUUUGACAAAGAGGGCAACGGCACAGUCAUGGGUGCUGAAUUGCGCCACGUACUGGCUACUUUGGGUGAGAGGAUGUCAGAGGAACAAGUGGACGCCCUGCUGGCAGGCCAGGAAGAUGCCAACGGUUGCAUCAACUAUGAAGCAUUUGUCAAACACAUCAUGUCUGCCUAAACAGCGUUCUCAAGCAUUGGUAAAAAUGGUACGAAGUGUAUGAAGACCAAGCAGUGCCAAGAAUGUUCCAUCACCAAAUACUGUGCCCUUUCAACCAAUGUGAAACAAACAGGACUAUACAAAAUGUUUGUCUUGCUCUUUGUUUUCUGCCCCUGGAAAUAUAAUCCACGAAUGUGAAAACAAAAGCUCCCUGAUGUUUGCAAAGCAAACUGAAAUGAUAAAAUUGCUAUACCUUCUGAGAACUUUUUUCAUAUUCUUUGCCUUAGGGCAAGUGUAUGUUUUGGAAUACACCAAAUAAAUGCUGACAGAGGGCAGCCAUUGGUUGCAGUACUA